AAUGUGAAGAAAGGCUGACGCACUGAGUACAGACGCCGUCUUGACCAGAAAGUUUCCUGAACCUGACCCGAUUCACGCAUUUGCGAAACGCAUGGUCCGUGCACAAAAUCCGUGAGCCUUCGUCUUCCAGCAACUUUGUCUCUGCAUGAAAGUUCGCAUUUCAACCAACAGCCAUCUCAUCAAGCUGCUGCAUCGAUAUGUGGUACAACAGCUAGGCGUGUGAAGGCAGUACGCAUUCGUCUCGAUUCCUCCCGCUCCUUCUGGUCUCAAUGGACGUACGCAGAGUUCUAGAUGGGCUUUGCAGGAGCUACACAACGCUCUCCCUAUCAACAACCUUAUCACGCACCGCACUCGCACGACGGCCGUUGAAUCCAUGGACAUGCCAAUCAUGCCGGAAAUUCGCCUCGUACUCCCCGUGUCGUCAAUCAGACGCUGCUUUCGCUUCUAGCCGAGAGGGAGAGACUCAGAACAGCCACGACAUGUAUCGCAGUCGCGACACUGGAUUACUCCCUGCACGGAAUAGCAACACUGCUGCAUCUUCUUCAUCGACAGGUGACGGCAAUCGGAGUGUGCGAACAAGAAAGAACAGUCCGCAGGGAAAGCCCUCAGAGAGAGCCCCUUCAGGAGUCCGUCAAACUUCCCUCGAUGACCUCGUGAAUGCUGGAUUGGAAGUUUCCCGCAAGGCUCUCUCCAAAGAUGAGGGAUAUGGCUGGCCCAAACCUUCCGAACGUAACCUGAUGGCACCAGGUUCGUCGACAAGUCGAUUCACAAGCGAGAUCCUGUCGUUUCCAACUGCGGUGGAGGGUACCAAUACCAAGCCUCCCUUUACGCCGCGCGUUCUCCGCGAACUAGAUAUUCACGUCAAACCGCGCACAGGACGCUCCUUAGCCGUCAAUCCGCGAAAUCCGACGGAGCUGGGUGCAAAGAUAAGGGCAUUGGGUUCUCUUGUGGGAAGGAACAAAAUCAAGCGUGAUGCCAUUCAGCAGAAGUUCCAUGAACGACCUGGGUUAAAGAGGAAGAGGCUAGCUCGUGAGCGAUGGAGGACAUACUUUGGCAAUAGGUUCAGGAGUGUUGUAGCUAGGGUAAACGAACUGAGGGCCCAGGGAUGGUGAGCGACUGUGGAGGAAUGUGAGGCGGAUCGUCAAAGGAAGAGAGCCGGCAAGAAGAUGAGCGCGAGCGUGGCUCUUCUGUUAUGUAGGAGUAUGGGCCUUCACCUUUAGAAAAGUUCGCGUCUAUUUGCAUGGUCGACGACAGACGGUUUGGCAUGUCUUGAGACUAGAUAGCAUGGAGGCGUAGGCAAGACACCGCAUGACACAGCAUCGCUACGAUCUUGUGAAAUAUCGAAAUGCGUCACAUAUCCCAAGCGCAUCCAGUAUCAUCUUCAUUUUCAAAGCGUGAUUGGCC